AUGGACCCCUCCCUCGAUCUCUCCAAGCUCACCGACGCCGACAAGGCCGAUCUGCAGCAGCAACUGGCCAACGAGCAGCAAAAGGCGACCAUCCAGCAGACCGUCCACUCCCUCAACGAGACCUGCUUCAAGAAGUGCAUGGCCGGCAAGAGCUUUACCUCUGGAACCCUGGACCGAAGUGAGGAGUCCUGUGCUUCGAACUGUGUUGAUCGGUGGAUGGAUUCGCAGAUGUUGAUCCUGCAGAAGUUGGGGAGUAUGCGUGGGCAGUAA